GCAGUUGUCAUGGUUCCCGAAGAUGCGAAAGAAGAUUAGUCUGGAUAGCAGCCUUGUGCUGUGUUUGCUAAUCCGGAAACAUGGAAAAAACAGUGAAAUGCUGCUAACUAGCUAAUUUAUAGAAAAUGCUUUAUUGGCUUGUGAUACAUGGCGUCAUGAUCGUACGAAAAUUAGAAGAGACUAAAUUCGAUUUUUAUUCUUUGCUACGAAAACUUGUGGGUAGCGUUGCUAAUUUUGCUAUCUACUUAGCAUAGCUAGCUAUCAACUGCAAGAGUGGGAGGGAAGAAAACAUGUAUCACAAGGAUAAAAGCAUCCAGAUCAAGAGCAGUGCCUCUGCUCUGUACAACAAUCUGAGUGUGCUCCGCAUUGCCCCUCGCUGCCUCACCUACUUCACCGUGGUGCAUGCCAAUGUGGUCAACAUGGUCAGUGCCUCCUGGGAUGGCCUCAACUUUUCCCAUCGCCAGCUGCAGUCUAAAGAGGGCAGCAUUGCUUCUAGUUCUUCACUCAUCAUGCAGGCAUCGUGGUGCGUUCUUCCUUCCCGUGAGCUGCUAGUUCUCACUUCUCAAAAGGGAAUUCAGAUGUAUGAGUCAGAUGGAUCCAUCAUGGUGUACUGGCAUGCCCUAGAUACACCUGAGGCACCAACAGCUCAGGCUGUGUUUGCUCGGGGAAUCGCUGCUGUACAGGAAAACUUUAUCUGUGUCGGAGUAUCAACCGGCUUCAUACUGGUGUUUGACAUUCCCAGCAAAGGGAGCAACAUUAUGCUGUCAGAAGUGUUGGAGGAGCAUAGGGAGUCCAUUACAGAUAUGGCGUCGGAAUGUUCCGGGAGUCUGGAUAGUGUUGCUGACCUGGUCACGGCGGACGACUCAGGCACGCUCUGUGUGUGGAAGUCUGGAGAAGACUUCCAGCUGCUCAACAAGAUCCCAGGUUUUGAUGUCUGCUGUUCUUCGGUGAAGUUGUGGAAAGGCACUGUGGUGGCUGGGUACGGCUCAGGCCAGAUCCGCAUCUACGAGGCUGUCACUGGGAUAGUGCGUGCUGAGGUCAACGCACAUGCCCGCUGGAUCUACUCCCUCGAUAUUGCGCCCUCCUCUGGCCUACUGCUCUCUGCUGCUGAGGAUUCUCUGGUGCAAGUCUGGCACCUAACCACCAUCCCAGAGGCCAACAGUGUGGAGAUCCAGCACCUCUACAGCGAGUGUGUCACUGACACCCAGAUCUGUGGAGCUAAAUUCUGCGAUGGGGAAGGAUAUGCCUUCGCUGUGACCGGCUAUGACCUAAGUGAGAUUAUCCGCUACACUCAAGAAUAGGUGUUACACCACUGAGGUCAUCUACAAGAAACAGACACGUCUGGCAAGACUAUGUAUUAAUUUUCCUGUACGGUGUCUGGCCAGAGAAAAGGAGUAUAAACGCCCAGUCUGUCAUAUGUGUUGGUGUUCCAACUGAUAGUUAUACUCAAGGCAAUCAGAGAUUGACUGGUGUAGCCACAUUAUUUGACAUUACUUGAGGAAAAAUGCUAAAAGAAUAUAAAAAAUGUAGAUAACUCAUGGUGGGUUAAUGCUUGGUUUUAAACAGGAUGGCAGAUGUCCUGUUUCAUGUGAUAACCUGCUGGGUUCUCACAUGCACACAAAACCUCAUGCACUGGCUGUAAUUUCACAUAGAUCCACCAUCAGCUUAAAAUCAUCCUGCAGCAUCCCUGUGGCUAAAAUAAGCUUAUUUAUUAUACAGGUGUUUAGAGGAUUGUGUAGCCUGUGUAUGCUUGUUUGAACUAAAAAUAAAUAAAUAAAUAUCUAUGUUUGUGUGUGUGUGUGUGUGUGUGUGUGUGUGUGUGUGUGUGUGUGUGUGUGAUAUAUGAUAUAUAUUACUGCUAUAUUAUCUAAGUUGCUCAUUUAAAUGUCGGUGCAUUGUUAUGAUCACAACCUUACAUGUAUUUCUCAAAGGUUUGUAUUUGUUUAAUAUGUAAAAUGAAUUUUACAUUUAUUUCAUUUUGACUCUGUUCUAUUGUUUUACGAAUCAAGUACAGUUUUGUAGAAUGAAUAUUGUGUCUGCUGAGUGAAUACAAUUCUUAUGUUUUCCAGCAGGUGGAGCUUUUGCCACCAUAAUAUGAAUUUAAGUGUGUCAUGUAAAGUUCAGCUGUUUUGGUAGGAAUCCAUUUUCAGUCAUACUGAGUUCUAAUUUCAGUAAAAUCAGAGACCAUUUAUAGAGGUCCGGAUUAUUAUGUUGUGACUGAGAAGAUGAAUAUUUAUUGAUUAAUUGUAUCCAGUUUCAGUGUAAUAAUAAUCAUAAUUAUUA